UCUCUCUCUCUCUCUCUCUCUCUCUCUCUCUCUCCAGCCAUGAAGCAGCAGCAUCAGAUGCUCUCCAAGAAAGCCACGUGUAACUCGCACGGGCAGGAUUCUUCAUACUUUCUAGGAUGGCAGGAGUACGAGAAGAACCCCUACGACGAAUCCACCAAUCCUAAUGGAAUUAUACAAAUGGGUCUUGCAGAGAAUCAGUUAUCGUUCGAUCUCAUCGAAUCAUGGCUGGCCCACAACCCCGACACCGUUGGACUGAAACGAGAUGAUGUAUCCGUGUUCCGAGAGCUCGCCUUGUUUCAAGAUUAUCACGGCAUGCCUUGUUUCAAAAAUGCAUUAGCAAAAUUCAUGUCAGAAAUAAGAGGAAACAAAGUAAGGUUUGAUCCAAAGAAUCUAGUUCUAACAGCUGGUGCAACUUCAGCUAAUGAGACUCUCAUGUUUUGCCUUGCCGAACCCGGCGAAGCCUUCCUUCUCCCAAUACCAUACUACCCAGGGUUCGAUAGAGAUCUCAAAUGGCGGACUGGAGUCGAGAUUGUUCCAAUCCAUUGCUCGAGCUCCAAAGGAUUCCAAAUAACCGAAACUGCACUAGAAGAAGCUUAUCGAUGUGCCCAAAAGCGUAAAUUGAAAGUAAAGGGUGUACUAAUCACCAAUCCUUCUAACCCAUUGGGCACAACGACUAGCCGGACCGAGCUUGACCUACUACUUCGGUUCAUCUCAGCUAAAGGAAUCCAUCUAAUAAGCGACGAGAUUUAUUCCGGGACCGUGUUCACAUCGCCGAGCUUCAUUAGCAUUGCUGAGGCUCUAAUGGAGCUAAAAGAUUCUGAGAAGGUCCGCGACCGGGUCCACAUCGUCUAUAGCCUUUCUAAGGAUUUGGGUCUCCCUGGAUUCCGUGUUGGUGCGAUCUAUUCAGACAAUGGUGCUGUUGUAGCGGCUGCGACUAAGAUGUCGAGCUUUGGACUAGUUUCUUCCCAUACUCAGUAUCUACUAUCAGAGCUGCUUUCUGACAAGAAAUUUACAAGCAACUACAUUGCAGAGAACCGCAAGAGGCUCCAAGAAAGGCAUAACAUGCUUGUAACAGGCCUACGGAAUGCCGGCAUCGGCACCUUAACGAGCAAUGCUGGUUUGUUCUGUUGGGUGGAUAUGAGACACCUUCUAUGCUCGAAAACAUUCGAAGGGGAGAUGAAAUUAUGGAAAAAGAUAUUGUUUGAAGUGGGAUUGAAUAUCUCACCAGGCUCUUCAUGUCAUUGCACUGAGCCCGGCUGGUUUCGCAUGUGCUUUGCGAACAUGACUCAAGAAACACUCACUCUAUCCAUGCAACGACUCAGAGCAUUUGUCGACUCCGCCGAUCAGACCCCAACUUGCCGUAAUCUGAUCGGAGGGUCGAAAAAACUAUCGCUAUCGAGUCGGGUUUUCCGUUUACUGUCUUCCAAUCGCGAGGUGGAGCCGGAGCGUUAGAAUUCUAGUGUGAACAGCUGCCAUUCUUU